GGCUGCACCAAAAGUAUUCCUUUGGAUCGUGCUGGCAAAGGGAAGCCACAUACUGUGCCUGGAAAGACAGAGAGUGUGAAAGGAAUACAGACUGGAGGAACAACCUGCGCAUCCAAAGGAGCUGGUGGUCACACUGUAUGACUGAAUGUGCUGGACUCGCUUAAAGAGAGCUCUAAAGUAUACGAAGAGGAUUUGUUAAACAGGAAGCGGAAGCACUGGAGGCUGAUUUACUAGAUGAUUAUCGAUUUGGGAAGCAGCAACUACUGGAGAUCCUUGGACAUAGCUGUGCAAUGGCAAUCACAAAGGUUUACCCUUUGAGGACACUCCCCAGGAAGCAGCCGACUGUCUUGGUUAUUUGUGGACCUGAUCAGAAUGGCGCUAUUGGCUUGGUUUGUGCCAGAAACCUACGAUCUUAUGAUUAUGAGCCUACAAUAUUCUACCCCAAAAGAUCUCUGGAUGUCAUUUACAAAGACUUAACCAUUCAGUGUGAAAAGAUGGACAUCCCUUUUUUAUCCUACCUUCCAACAGAAGUACAACUAAUAAAUGAUGCAUAUAAUUUGGUGGUGGAUGCAGUGCUCGGAAUAGAAGCAGAGUUUGGAGAAGUGAAAGAGCCAUUUGCUAGUAUUCUGGCGACAAUGAAACAGAUAAAGAUUCCAAUUAUCAGUCUAGAUAUUCCAUCAGGCUGGGAUGCAGAUGCUUGGAAUCCAGAAGGUAUCUAUCCAGAGAUGAUUAUCUCUUUGGCAGCGCCUAAGAAGUGUGCUCUACAGUUUACUGGAAAACAUCACUUCAUUGCAGGAAGAUUCCUACCAUAUGAUGUGCAGAAGAAAUUUGAGCUGAACUUGCCAGUAUACCCUGAGACAGAAUGCAUGGUGGAAAUACAGGAUGGAAAAUCCACUCUCUGAGUUCUUAAUCAUUAAUAAAUAUUUAUGGUUUGGGUAA